AUGCUCACAGUUUAUGAAUUUUCUUCCGUAACUCGCACCAGGAUGCAAACAAUCAUGGCUCUCCCCAACUUAUGCCGUUCUAUUUAUGAUACCUCUUUGUUCUUAUUCAGUCAUGCAUUCUCCCAAACUCGGUCUUUUCUUUACCUUUUCUUCUCAAGUUCCACUCCCUUAUUUCUUUUUAGUUUUCUUUCUUUAUCUCUUAACUUCUUGAUUCGCUUUUGUUCUCUUUCCUCUCGCUACCGUCUCUUUCGUUCUUGCCCCCAUUUUAUUUCAACAUUCACACUUACUCGUCGACAGUUGGUCUUUCUUUCUUACUUUCUUUCUUCUUUUCUCGGUGCCAUUUUGUACAUUUCUCUUCAUACUUCGUCCGCCUUAUUCCUUUUAUUCGAUUAUCUGAUUUCGUUCGUCUAUUUCAGUCUUCGGCUAAGUAAUUCCUUGAUAUCCUUAUUGAACCCUAACUAA